GUUAAAGUAUCGAUAAUAUUUUAAAUAAAAUUAGUGUCAAUUCACUGAAAUGCAGUAAAUAUUUUCAAAGAGCUACCAAAAAUAAAAUUUUAGCAUGUCGAAAUUAUACUCGCGUAUUUGUGGAGUAUUGGAGAAAUUUGUUCCCAGCAGCUUGAAGCCUUUAUGGAACCACCCCGCAGGACCUAAAACAAUAUUUUUCUGGGCUCCCGCUGUGAAAUGGGGGCUGGUGGUGGCGGGGCUGGGCGACGUCCAGAGGCCGGUGGAGAAGGUGAGCGCCAAGCAGUACGGGGCCCUCGCGGUCACCGGCCUCAUCUGGUCCAGGUACUCCGUGGUCAUAGAGCCCAAGAACUGGAGCCUCCUGGCCGUCAACCUCCUCGUCUCCCUCACCUCCGGCUACCAGGUCGUCAGGGCGCUCAGUUCCAGUAAAAGAAAAUAACUGCUCUGUAGUUUUCCCGAAAAGGAAAAUCCCAAAGAGGGGAAGGAACAAAGGAUAUGUUUUGGCUAGAGUUGGUGUUUGGCUGAGGUGAAGAGAGAAUGGGAGAAGUGAUCCUGGCUCCAGUGGGUAAAAGCCCAAUAAUAGUACUACCAUCUUGGAAGUUGUGUUUGGCAGAAGAUCGGAAAGUAUUUCAAGACGAGUGAAUUUAAAUUUAGUGCAACAAAGGAAGAAACAGUAUCUAUAGAAAAAAGGUACCAAAUGAGUAAUGCUGAAUCUAAUGACCCAAAAAAGAAGAAAUAACAAGGUG